AUGACCCAUCACACUGAUCGUGCCAAUGAUGCAGACGCCCACAAUCUACCUUGCCCGGCUCAGAUCGCAUUCGCACUGACCACGGUUCAAUCAAAACCACCUCAAGUUCCGAUAGAAGAUUAUCUCGCUUCUCUUCGUAAGGCUGUCACAGCGCAAUCUACGAACAGUCCUUCGACUUUAGACUUUGACACGAGUAUUCACUGGAGACAGUCUUAUGCCAGAGCCGAAUCGGAGCGUCUAAGACUUCUCAAUGAAGUGGCAGAGCUCAAGCAAGAGAGGGAUGUUCUUCGUGUGCAGAAAGAGUCACACCAUCCUCACGAAAAAGCUGUUCUUGGGAAACGUAAACGGGACGCUACAUCGAUACCAAAGAACGACACACGGCAAAAGAGCAAACCCCAGGAUCCGAGACUGGAACACAGCGAUGACGAUAUCCGCUUGCAGAUUGGGGAUAUUAAUCCAUCCAAUUUAUAUCGUCAUACCUUUCUCCGUGGCACAGCGUCUCUCCAUCGCGAACUCCGUCUCAGGACAUCCAACCAAGAAAAACUUGUGGCAGCCAUCCAGGCGAUUAGCGGUGCUAUAACUAGAACUCUCGAGCCGGCUGACAAUGAGACACGCCAUUGCCCGGCCAGGGUAGAGGGCCAAUCCGCUGACGAACUUUGCAGAUUAUUUUCACAGGCCUAUCCAUCAAUUUUGCAGAGCUUGGAAUCUGUUCAGCCCGAGAGCAUCGAUGAUGGCUUGCAAAUAUUGCCUGGACUAUCAGACAUUGUGAGGAUCUUCCAGUCCUUGCUUGGACAUCUUCACAAACUUUCUUUGGAUGAGUUUGUCAGACAAGAACGUGAAGCAAGGUCGAAAAAGAACAGAGCUCGACGCAGGGCCUCCGCGAUCAAACGAGCGUCUCCCAAGACCACUGUUGAAAACUCCGCCCAAAACGCGAGGAUAUGUCGGAUGCUAGUGAAGAUGGUCACAAUGCUCGAUUUGUCUCACAACACGCACUGUGAACUACUGGAAGGAAUAUUGUGCACGCUUCUCGAUCAUAUUGGCUCCGCGUUGUCUCUUGUUGUUUUCACCGAUCCCAAUCGGCGAGACCGGCCUGGCAUUCUUCCGCCAAGUGGUUUGUUGGAUGUGGCCCACAUUGAUUCCGUGACGGCAAUUGGCACUGUGCAAAUCGAAGGCCCGUAUCUAAUCUGGGUCCUCCACCAGAUUCUGGAAUUCCUAUACGCCAAGACGAAAUGCAUGUCCGAACAGUCACGGUUUAUUUUCUCAUUGCAAAGCCAGAACAGGAACCGUGGCAAGAAUCUCCGGAAACUGAUUGAAGACACCCUACAGAACACCCUUCUUCGGGCAGUAUUUGGUGAUGAAGAUGACAAAUUUCACAAUGCGCUGAGGCGAAAUGACGACGAUUGUGAAAAAGACCUGACGGAGCUCCUGCAAGAAUUGGGGGAAACGGACCAAGACUCUGCAGAAUGGUUCAUCGGAAAACUCUGGGAGCAUUUGGGCUGGGAUAUCUUAUCUGGGAAUAGAGGUGUUUGA